CCUAACUGGUUGUCAAUUUGAUUUUUGUUUGUAUAGUACAGUAUUUCCAUGGUUCUUUUGUUUGUUAUAAUUAUUAGGAUAUUUAUUGGAGUAAGAAUUCGCUAUUAUAUUUAUUCCUAUUUGGAGUGUCUAGUAUAUGUGUCUCAAAAAGGCUUGUUUGCCAUUUGGCUGUCCGCCUCUGGCCUUGAAAAUCUACGACUCGCCCGCCUUGUGCCUUUCAUAACUAUCACUGCCCACACUUCCAUCAUAGCUAGCAUCAAACUAGUUACACAUUCAACCAUAUCUUCAGUAUGACAUACACACACAGAUGUGGGAAUUCCCUCACAUUUCGCUACAUGAAUGGUGAAAUGGCGGUCAAGCUAAGAGAAAGAGAAGAAAAGGAAUAAACACUGGGAAAGUUAUGUUGCUAAGGUGGAAGAAAUUGCACGAAUUAAGCAUAAACAAGUCGAAGAUAAAGCAGCAGUGAGAUUGCAUUCGUUCAAUGGCAGUUGCGGGAUUGACUCUACACCAAAACAAUUAGAGAUAAGUGAUAGGUUAACAUCACUGAAGUCCGUAAGCUCAUCUAGAAAGGUAUGCCACAUGAAGUCAUCAAGUUCAAGUGAACAUGUGCCAGUUCAAUUCCCAGAAGUUGUUUUAUGCGUGGAGGUUUACCGCAGCAGAAAGCCAUUAAUGAAGAGUCAAGAAUUUCUGGUUCUAGGGCAGCAAUUUUUAACUGAAUUGAGGGACAAGAUAUAUUGCAUCACGGAUGAAAUAAUGAAAAAGGCAGGCACAGAUGAUCCCUCUGGCUACUUUCUUAUUGAGGAUGUGUUUUACAAUGAUUUGAGGGAUGCACGUGCUACUGAUUACAGUCAGCCAAUACGAGAAUGGGUUGAAAAUUCAUCAGAGGCUGCCGAAAAAUGGGAAUGUAUCAUCUCAGGUGAAUCGCUGCAGAAGAAGAAAUCAAUUUUAGGAAAUGUUGCGGCAUUCCCACUGCCUCAUUUCAGAGCUGUUGAGAUGAAAAAUGUUCGCUUUUGUGACUUGAAAUUUCGAGUUGGUGCUGGGUAUCUUUACUGUCACCAGGGAGACUGCAAACAUCUCAUGGUAAUAAGAGAUAUGAGGCUGAUACACCCUGAGGACGUGCAGAACCAAGCUGUUUAUCCGCUCGUCACAUUUCGAUUAAAAGUGAGGCUUCAGAAAUGUUCUGUGUGCAAAAUAUUCAAAGCUGAGAAGAUGACGGUCGACGAUAAAUGGGCUGCUCCGAAUCCUUGUUAUUUCUGUGAUCUUUGCUAUUACAUGCUCCAUUAUCAGGAUGGAACUUUGCUUUAUGAUGAUUUCUCUGUUUAUGAUUGUAUCCAUGAUUAACAAUUCCUGCUAUCCCCCUCUCUUUAAACAUGGUUUUUCUUGUUUUGAAAUGAUGUAUGUAUGUAACACUGCUUUCCUCAUCUACAUUUUGUUGAAAACCCUACCCAUUAAUCGUUGUAUUAAUUAGCAAAAAAAAAGGUGGUCUAUACAUGUAACCUAGGACUUAGUGUUUCAGUUUGUACAAUUUUGAGCCUUUGAGCCAAAAUUAAAAAUUUGGCCUAUUG